CUGUAACCUGUAAUGAUCUUCGAUCGAUCUAUUUUCCAAGAACAUAGAUUUAGAAAAUCUUUUUUGCUGCGUUCCAAUAGAUUCUUGAGCAAUGAGUUCUGGUCGUUGUGCGGCUUGCCGAUAUUUGAGGAGAAAAUGUACGGAAGAUUGCAUUCUCUCACCGUAUUUUCCGUCAAAUAAUCCCCAAAGAUUUGUGUCUGUUCAUAGAAUCUACGGUGCCAGUAAUGUCUCCAAACUACUGCUGCGGCUCCCAAUCCAUGUGCGAGCUGAAGCAGCGGAUUCCUUAUACUUUGAGGCACAAUGUCGGCUUGAAGACCCUGUCCAUGGCUGUGUUGGCCUCGUAUUUAUGUUGCAGCAACAAAUACAAGCUGCCGAGAGUCAGCUAGUUAAGACUCGAGUCCAGAUUGCAGUUAUGAAAUCCCAGGCCCAACACCCUCAACCUCGUGAAGCCGAAUCCAGUUUCAAUAAUCCAUUUCUACGACACUUUGAUAAUGAUGCGAACCUCAGUUUCUCCAACCAAAUUUCUUCUGGGUUUAUUUAGGAUUCUGUGUGUUUGAAUAUGACGAAUAACACAAACAAGCUUCAGUCAUCAUGCGGUAAAAGUGACUCGCAAUGGUCAAAUUGAAAUGGUGGC